CUUCCGGCAAGCUGCGCCUCUGUACCUCAGCAACCUGUCUGCUUCAUGUCUAUCCACUUGCAUCUCUUGACGCCCAGUCUCCGUCCCUUCUCUCCAUUGUGGCGGCCAUCUUAAACGGCCCUUUCACAUAUUUUUCCCGCUGUUUUUUCUCCUGGCUCAGAAACACACAGCGGUACAGUGCUCGGAGCUCGGACCUCAGG